UACUCUGUUAGUUUCCGAUACCAGAGUUGCAGUGCUAUACAUACUCUAUCACUCGCAGGUCCCGUCAAUAUGAAGAUAGAUACUCAUACUGCCGGGUACGUUAGCAGCAGACAAGUACCCUGGCGGUCAUGGAGUUCGCAAACAUUAGAUUGGAAAUUAAUCCAUAAACUUCCUUACAACUUAAAAACAAGCUACUUAAGCUUGUCUCGUCCUUAUCUGGUAUGUGCAAAAAAGCAUUGGAUGGGUCAGGAACUCAGGAGAACAUAUGCCAUGCCAGUUGGUGUGGAGGAGUCCUCAUCAACACAAUUAGAAGACCUAGAGAAUGCAUCCGAUGAUUCACCAGAGGAUACUCAACCAUUAAGCAGCGAAGAGUUGAAGCUACUACUCGUUGACCCAGGAAGAGACAAGCUCAUUAAAAAACUAAGUGAAGCCAAUCAACAUAAUCGGUUUCUCAAAAGAGAGCUUCAUGCAAAGGAAGAUAUACUGGUUAACUUCAAAAGCGAACUUUUUGUAGUGGAGCAUGAAAUUCAGGCAUUGGUUACACUGGCUGAAGAAAUAGCUCAAUCUGGUAUUCCAGAAGGUUCAAGAAAGAUAAAUGGAAAGUACGUUCAGUCUCACCUCCUUUCACGUUUACAAGCUGUCCAAGAAAAACUGAAGGAACAACUAAAGGAUGUGGAUGCUGCACAAGUUAAGGAGGUUCACUUAUUCUGGUGUGGCAUGGCAGAGAGUGUACAAGUAAUGGGCACCUUUGAUGGUUGGAGCCAGGGGGAGCACUUAUCACCAGAAUAUGAUGGUUACUUUACUAAGUUCACUACGACAUUGUUACUUAGACCUGGAAGGUAUGAGAUCAAAUUUUUGGUGGAUGGAGAAUGGAAAAUGUCACCAGAAUAUCCAACCGUUGGUGAAGGAUUAACCGAAAACAACCUGUUAGUAGUUGAGUGACUAGGCUCAGCACUUCAAUUUAGUCAUUCAAAACUGAGGGGUAAUUUGCACUGCCUGUCACUCAACUUCUUCCUCUCUUCCAUUAUAGUCCAUUUUUCUUGAUUUAUAAUAAAAAAGUUAUAAACUUCAAA